AACAUAUUUUUAGCGAUUCAAACAUAACCUCCAACUGAUUAUUCAGUUUCAGCCUGAGCUAGAUAUCUGGAUGUUUGUUGAAGGUUCAAAAGUGCAUAAAUUAAGUCCAUUUUCUAUUAUGGUCUUUAUGACACACAUUCGAUACACUAGUAUUCAAACUUCAAAACAAUUAUACAAAUACCUUUUACGUGAAUGUAAAAAACUGCCAUUAGAUGCUUCGAAACAUUACAAAUUUAUGAUAAGACAAAGCUACAAGCAAUUUGAGACUGAAACUGAUGAAGCUCGAAUAAAAGAAAUAAUAAACAAGUCUGUGGAGGAUGCUUUAUGGAUAGUUAAAAAAUAUACCAAACAAUCUUAAAUUAUGACAAAAACGCAAAUUGUAUGUUCUAAACAUGUUGAUGUCCCAGAAAAAUCAUUUUGGGAUGCUAUAUCGCUUUGGAAUUAUAAUACUCACUAUAUCAAUAGACGUCUAAUUGGUUCAAAAGAACUAUUUCGCGCAGAAAUUAUUCUUUUCAAUUCUGAAAUAGAUUUUUUAACGAAUUUAUCACCUUUGAAUGUUCCAAUUCAAAAGGUUGAUGCUCAAGCUUUAUGCACACAUUUUAAUAACUACGAAUCAUUUGAUAGUAUUAAAGUAAUUUAUAAUGAUGACAGUAAUGAUAAAAAAUUAUGCUUGUAUAUAUUUCUACUUUUGCCAAAAGUAUCUUCUGCUACGAAUUUGCUGCAAGUUUGUUUAAUUGAUAAAGUUAAAAAUAAAAUAUACUACAAGAAUUUAAGCAGUGAAAGCUCAACAUUAGCGCCCAAUUUUCUUUAUGGCUUUAAUUUUACAAAUAAAACUUUAGAAUUUUGGAUUGAUGAUACUAUUAAUAGUUCAGACAAAAGUGUUCAGUGGCUAUCAACAAAAGUUUUUUCAAAAAUCGAAAAAUGGGCUUUGGAAGCUGAAAAAUUCGAAACAUCUAUAUGUAAAUCUUUAUCGUUGGUCUCUGUGGAUGAAUAUUGUACAUUAUAUCAAGAGUUGAAAUUGAAAUACGCAGCUAAAAUUAUUGAAGUAUGGCCUGAAAAUACGGAUCCUUUAAAAUUUGUGUAUGAAGAUGUUGCCAUUGCAACUUAUCUAAUUUUAAUAUGGAGACAAGAAAUGAAGUCUAAAAGUUUAUCGAGGAAACCACGUUUUGUUGAUCUUGGUUGUGGUAAUGGAUUGUUAGUUUACAUACUAAAUCAAGAAGGCUAUGAGGGUAAAGGAAUUGAUGUAAGAAGCCGUAAGAUUUGGAAAAUAUAUCCACCUACAGUAAUUUUAGAGGUAUCAACGAUAACGCCGUCCAGUCAAAAUUUAUUUCCAGACUACGAUUGGCUAAUUGGAAAUCAUUCUGACGAAUUAACACCAUGGAUUCCAGUAAUCGCUGCACGCAGCUCUGUAAAUUGUAAUUACUUUUUAUUGCCUUGCUGUGCUUACGAUUUUAAUGGUCAAAAAUAUCAACGAGUAGAUUCAUCAAAGAGUCAAUAUGCAGAAUAUUUAGAAUAUGUUGAGAAAAUUUCAAAUAUUUGUCAAUAUCAAACUUUGAAAGAUAAAUUACGAAUUCCAUCCACAAAGCGAAUAUGUUUAAUAGGUAUACGAAAUUCUAUAAAUCAAAAUUACGACGAUGAUAUACAAAAAUUUAUUGAUGAACGUUGUAAUGGAACAUCUGAAAAUGAUAAUUGGGCCAAAGAUUUUGUAGCACGAUCUAACGUUGAGCUUGUAAGAAAUUGUACAAAACUGGAUAAAAGUAUUGUCAAUGAAAUUAUUAAAAUUGUUACACAAAAGUUACUGGAUGAAAAAAAUUAUAUUUUAAAUGAAUUUGGUAACGAGUGGAAUAAAGGUGGCCGAUUUUCAAUUAAAGAUCUUGUAUCAAUUAUACCUUCGGAACAAUUAAGAAAAUUGAAAAAUGAAUGUGGUGGUUUACAAACUUUGUUAAAAAAUCAUCAUUUUAUUUUUCAAGUUGUUCAAGGCUUUGUAGAAUUUCGAAUUCCUUCCGCCAAAAUAGAUAACAAAAAUGCUAAAAAAACUCAAUGCUGGUUUCAAUUAAAUCAUCCAAAUGGAUGUCCUGUUUCUGAAGAUAAUUGUAGAUAUAAACAUUGUUAA